CACAACCCCGCGUGUCUUGUGCGCGCUCUCGUAACCCUGUCGCCAUUUUGAUUCGAAAAAUAUGACUGAGUUUUUCCUGCUUUGCAUGCUAAACUUAGACCCGCAUUUGAGUUACUUUGUGCGUGAUUACGAUUCGUACAAUCUAACCUAUAUCUGAAAUAACGGGUAUUGCUAUAAAUGUCAAGCAGCCGUCAACGCUGGUGAACUGUGUAUUUGAUAUAGUUCAGAGCCACCUUUGACUAACGUUAGCUGAGUUAAGCUAGCUAACAUUAGCCUGUGUUGUCGCAGACUGACCCCUUCUUCAAAACAAAUCACUAUUCGCUCAUCGGCUAAUGUAUCUUAGCUAACACAGAUAGCUAAUAUUUAGCUGGAUAGCUAGUGACUUGGCUGGUUGACGAAAACUCCAGUAACAAUCUAAUACAGACAGAAGGAACAGCAGCAGACUUUCACUUAAAAGCCACACUGGUCGCCCUAGUGACAUGAAACAUCAGAAGACAUAACAAUUAGGUUAUGGUGAGCCUCUCAGUGUCUCAUCUCCUUAAGAGGUCUGCAUUUUAACAGGAGACCCAUGCUGAUAAAUGCCAGGCCUCACCACACUCUCUGUCGUCUGCACAAACACAAAUGCCUGCCUGCCCGUGGGGGAGGUCUGAUUAAAGAUAUCCACAUUUCAUCCACUGGGCUCUGUCCCCCAUCCCAGCAGCCACCAUGUUUUGGAAGUUUGACCUGCACACCACCUCCCACAUCGACCAGCUGCUGGACAAGGAGGACGUGACACUGAGAGAACUGAUGGAGGAGGAUGACGUCCUGCAGGAGUGUAAGGCCCAAAACCGUCGACUGCUGCUCUUCCUUUCCCAGGACCACUGCAUGCAGGAGCUGGUCAGCCUCAUCACCACAGAGCCACCUGCUGACCUGGAGGAGAGGAGCCGCUUUAAAUUUCCCAACAUUGCUUGUGAGCUCCUGACAUCAGAUGUGUCCAUUAUAAAUGAUAAGCUGGGUGGGGAUGAAUCUCUCCUCGAGAUGCUCUACCACUUCCUGGAGCAGGACCCGCCCCUCAACCCGUUACUGGCCAGCUUUUUCAGCAAAACCAUUGGCAACCUCAUUGCCAGGAAAACUGAACAGGUGAUUACCUUUCUAAAGAAAAAGGAAGGCUUCAUUGGUCUGGUGCUGAAACAUAUUGAUGCCUCUGCCAUGAUGGAUCUGCUGCUUCGCCUCAUCAGUUGUGUAGAGCCUGCCUCCUUGAGACAGGAGGUUCUCCUUUGGCUAAAUGAGGAGAGGUUGGUACAGAGACUUACAGAGCUCAUCCAUAGUGGUAAAGAUGAGGAGAGACAAUCAAAUGCAUCCCAAACGCUUUGUGACAUCAUCCGCCUUAGUCGAGACCAGGCCAGUCAGAUGCAGGAGAAUGUGGAGGUUGACCCACUAUUGGCUGUACUGGAGUCGCAGGACAAUGUAGCGGGGCUCCUCAAGAACUUGUUUGAAGGGGAGAGGAGCGAAGCCUCCAUCGUUAACGGAACUCAAGUGCUACUUACCUUACUGGAGACUAGGCGGUCAGGGUUGGAAGGGCUGAUGGAUCUGUAUUCUCAGGGUUAUGAAAGGUCUUACACUGUCAACAGCAGUAUUUUAAAUGCCAUUGAGCCCCAUUUAAAGAACUUCCAGCAGCUUCUUCUGGAUCCCCCCAAGAAAAGUGCAAUAUUGACAACCGUUGGCGUUCUAGAGCAGCCACUGGGGAACGCCCGCCUUCACGUGGCCCGCCUGGUGGCCGCCCUACUGCAGACCACUGACCCCAGUAUCUGCCAGGAGCUCUGCAAUCUUGCCACCUUGGACCUACUACUGGAUCUGUUCUUCAGAUACUCUUGGAACAAUUUUUUGCACUUCCAAGUGGAACUGUGUGUGGCAGCUAUCCUGAACCACCCCUCAUCAGAAGACAGGCCCAGCCCAGGCCUGCAGAACCACGAUGGGAAGCCAGCAGCGUCUAACCCAGAGGGGCAGGGGGAGACAGCAGAGACGGACAAGAGCAGUGACCCACAGACCUCAAUCCACAAUGCCCUUGUGGCACAUCUAUUCCAGAAGUGUCGACUGGUACAGAGGAUCCUUGACGCUUGGGAGGAGAACGAUAAAAUACAGGCUGAGGGUGGCACCAGGAGAGGUAACAUGGGUCAUCUGACCAGGAUUGCCAACAUGGUGGUGCAGAACUUGGAGAAAGGACCGGUACAGGCUCAGAUCACUGACCUCAUCAAAGAGCUGCCAGAAGACUGCAGAGGUCGCUGGGAGAGCUUUGUGGACGAGACCCUGAGAGAAACUAAUAGGAGGAAUACUGUCGAGCUGGUAAGCACCCACAACAUGCACUCGUCCAGUGAGGACGAUGACCUGGAGAGCCCCUUCCCCAAUGACCUGUCUCUCCAGCAGGCCUUCUCUGACUAUCAGAUCCAACAGAUGACUGCCAACUUUGUGGAUCAGUUCGGGUUCAAUGAUGAGGAGUUCAGUGAGCAUGAUGAAAACAUCAAUGCCACAUUUGACAGAAUCGCUGAAAUAAACUUCAAUUUAGAUGCUGAUGAUAAUAGUGCCAAUGCAGCUGCUUUUGAAGCAUGUUGUAAAGAGAGGAUACGCCAGUUUGAUGAUGCUGACGAGGAAGAGGACAUUUGGGAGGAGAAGGAGAUCAACUAUGCAACACAAGCUAAAUCAAGAACAAGGUUUGGAGUCUCCCAAAGCUCAGAGGGAAGUUCCAGGAGCAGUUUGGAGAACGGAGAUAGGGAACGGGACCACGGAUCUGACUCGGAUGAGGACGAAGACUCUGAGCAAAACACAUCAGAUACAGGUCCAGGCUGGACUGCGAAUUUCAGGGACUCUGGAGGGUCUUCAGCUUCCCAAACCUCAGCAGGGUGGGACAGCUCAACUCGGAGUGGAGCUGAGACCCAGGAAACAGGCUGGGCCAACUUCAAUGAGUUCCAGCCUUCAUCUGGUACAGAGACAGAUCCCAGGUGCAGCUCUCCUGUGGACUCGGGCAGCUGUGAUGCAGAUAAACAAGCCAAACAAAACCACGGGCAGAGUGCAGGUGUUAGUGCCUCCUCCGGUGCUCAGCCAGUAGGAGAAAGGAGAAAGGUUCCUCUCAUGGCCUCAGACAGCAGUUCCUCUGGGGGAUCCGACAGCGAGGAGGAUGACAAAAAUGCCGGGGCUCCUCCCGCCGCAGCCAUCACCUCGGAACCAGCCAGCACCCCUGGCAGCAAGACAGCUGACCUCAAAAGUGAGGAGAGUCCAAUUUCUCUGGAGAAACUCUCUUUGUCAGAUCCUCCUAAAGCGUCAGAGCAGCAGCCUGCAGAGGAUUCACCUGGAACCACACAGAGUGACAGGAAAGAGGGAACGCCGCCACCCCAGGAAUUGUCGGUCAAUGGGCCGGUAUGAGCACGACACUGACGUCUGUCAGUGAUGGUGCGGUGGACUGUCAGCCUCCUCCAGAGUGACUCCCCUAAAUAACCUCACUGCAGCUGGUGUUUUUACUGAAUCACUCUGCCAUGUUCUUGGACCUGGACACUGCCAAUCAACACCAAUACAGAGGUGGCGGAACAUGUAAAAACAUGUGACAAAUAAGAAUGGAGUAUAGAGGAACCAUUUUCAACGCCUUUUCCCCCAUGUGGCACACGAUUACGUGCAUUUUUAAUGUAGCAGCAAUCAGAAUUUGAGGGGUAACAUUAUCGUCGGUAUUUUUUUACGUCCUGAAAGAUUUUCUCUCCUGCUGGUUUGAAGCUGUUGGAAGCCUCUUGUUUGGGAUUUUAUGUCGCCACCCCUGAAUGAAUAGCACAGGCUAAUUUUUAAUGAUGCCUCAACAACAAAUACCUGUUUUUGAACUUCUUUUUUUUUCCUUUCAAGCUUAAGAAAAGGCACUUAUGCAGCCAUUUACUGUACAUCAUAGCACAAUGUAAAUGUUCUGCCCUCAUCUCUGCUGGCUGUCUUAUCUGUCCUCUCACCCAGGUCGA